AGGGCUCUCUGUGAUCAUUUCUGGAAAACUAAGAAACACAGGGAGCUUCUCAGACCCAUGACCAGAUGGACCUGCUCUCUGCAAGAGCCACAGCAAAUAAAAUAGGAGAGAAAGCAAGAAGCGUAAAUGGGAUUUUCCCCCUGCUGCUAUUAUUGGUGCUCACCUUCCUUCUGAUGCUGGGUCUGAGCAGAGGUCUGGAUGAUGACCUCACAAAUGAAAGGACUUUCAAGGAGGAGCAUAUAGACUACCCUAAGACUAACCGCUUGUUCAGGUACUGUAAUUCCAUGAUGCUGUUGAAAAAAAUCCGGGGUCCCAAUGACACCUGCAAACGGAAGCACACAUUCAUCCAUGAGAAACUAGACAAACUUGUUAGCAUCUGCACUAACUUUACCACCAUUACUACGUGCAAGUACCCCUCAAGGAUGGAUUGCCAUCAGAGCCAGAUGAAGCUCCAGCUGACAGAUUGUAAACUCAUUGAAGGAACAAAAUUCCCAGGAUGCAAGUACCACUCUCAGCCCAAAUUCAACUCUAUCCUCUUCAACUGUGAUGAACUAGGGCCUAUAUACUUACAUGGAAUUGUGGAAGAUUCUUAGACCAUUUCCUUUGCUUGGGACCUCCUGUCUUCCACGUCUACCUGAGAAUCAUCCUCACUGAUCACUAGAAUGACCAAGGUGGGACUGAGGGGAGGGAAGGGCAUGAAGGCGUGAAAUAGUUGAGUAAAA